AUGGUGAUGAGCAAGAUAGUGGACAGUGAUGUUAUGAUGGUGAUGAGCAUGGAGGUGGAUGGUGGUGGGUAUGAUGGUGAUGAGCAUGGAGGAGGUUGUCAUAGUGAUUAUAAGCACGGUUUUGGUGUUAUUGGUCAUGAUGGCAAUGAGCACGGUGGUGGUGGUAUUGGUCAUUAUGGUGAUGAGCACAGUGUUGGUGAUGGUCAUCAUAGUUUUGACCACGGUGGUGGUGGACAUGACGGUGAUGAGCACGUUGCAGGUGGUUUGAUGGUGAUGAGCACGGUUGUGAAUGGUGAUGGUCAUUAUGGUGAUGAACAAGGUGAUAGAUGGUUGUGGUCACGAUGGUGA